UAACACCAACACACACUGUCUGCACACUCUCACACACACACACACACACACGCUCCUCUCUCCACUUUUCAUGCAGACCUGCACUUUCACGUCUCGGGGCCACGAGGUGUUUUCAUCCACUUUGUCCUUCCAGCAUGGCGGAUUACCUAAUCAGCGGCGGCACAGGCUACGUGCCUGAAGACGGACUCUCGGCUCAGCAGCUCUUCUCGAUCGGCGAUGGCCUCACGUACAACAGAUCUGACCAACAGUGCGUUGUCUCCGACGGUCAAACGGCUGAAGAGCUAUGCUCUAAAGGAGAUGGGUUGACUUACAAUGACUUCUUGAUCUUACCCGGCUUCAUCGACUUUACAUCAGAUGAAGUGGACCUGACAUCCGCACUUACCAAGAAGAUCACUCUGAAGACCCCUCUCAUCUCCUCCCCCAUGGACACAGUCACAGAGUCGGGCAUGGCCAUCGCUAUGGCGCUAAUGGGAGGCAUCGGCAUCAUUCACCACAACUGCACGCCAGAAUUUCAAGCCAACGAGGUCCGCAAGGUCAAGAGGUUUGAGCAGGGCUUUAUCACAGACCCAGUGGUGAUGAGUCCGCGCCACACGGUGGGGGAUGUGUUUGAGGCCAAAGUUAGACACGGCUUCUCUGGUAUUCCUGUCACAGAGACGGGCAAAAUGGGCAGCAAACUGGUCGGCAUCGUCACCUCCAGAGAUAUCGACUUUCUUUCUGAGAAAGACCACAGCAAACCUCUGGGGGAGGCCAUGACUAAGAGGGAGGAGCUGGUUGUAGCUCCAGCCGGUGUAAUGCUGAAAGAAGCUAAUGAUAUUCUGCAGCGCAGUAAAAAAGGCAAACUUCCCAUUGUGAACGAUAACGACGAGCUGGUGGCCAUUAUUGCCAGGACGGAUCUGAAGAAGAACAGGGAUUACCCACUGGCGUCCAAAGACUCCCGCAAACAGCUGCUCUGUGGCGCCGCCAUCGGCACCAGGGAGGACGACAAGUACAGACUGGACAUGUUGGUGCAGGCUGGAGUGGAUGUUGUUGUACUGGACUCCUCACAAGGCAACUCGGUGUAUCAAAUCAACAUGAUAAAUUAUAUUAAACAGAAGCAUCCAGAGUUGCAGGUGGCGGGAGGAAACGUGGUCACAGCCGCCCAGGCCAAGAAUCUGAUCGAUGCUGGUGUGGAUGCGUUAAGAGUGGGAAUGGGCUGUGGCUCCAUCUGCAUCACACAGGAAGUCAUGGCGUGUGGGCGGCCCCAGGGGACCUCCGUGUACAAGGUAGCAGAGUACGCCCGACGCUUCGGCGUGCCAGUCAUUGCUGAUGGUGGCAUUCAGACCGUGGGUCAUGUGGUGAAGGCUCUUUCACUCGGAGCGUCGACUGUUAUGAUGGGCUCAUUGCUAGCGGCGACCACUGAAGCUCCGGGAGAGUACUUCUUCUCGGACGGCGUGCGGCUGAAAAAGUAUCGCGGGAUGGGCUCCCUGGACGCCAUGGAGAAGAGCACCAGCAGCCAGAAACGCUAUUUCAGCGAGGGGGACAAGGUGAAGGUAGCCCAGGGCGUGUCGGGCUCGGUGCAGGACAAGGGGUCCAUCCACAAGUUUGUUCCGUACCUGAUAGCUGGGAUCCAACAUGGCUGCCAGGACAUCGGGGCAAAGAGUCUCUCGGUCCUCCGUUCCAUGAUGUACUCUGGGGAGCUGAAGUUUGAGAAGCGAACCACAUCUGCACAGGUGGAGGGAGGCGUCCACGGACUCCACUCUUAUGAGAAGCGGCUCUACUGAACGGGGGGGAGGUGGCUUGAGUGAACAUCGGCGGUGCACAUGAGCACACUUGAUCUAACAAUGCCCCACACGUUAAACUAAAAGAAUCCGUUACCACCCACUGCACCCCCUCUGGCCCUGCUCCUCCGUGCUGUAUCCACUGCUGCUCUCUCUCCGAUCCCAACCGAGCUGCUUGGUGUAGGGGAAGGAAAGACGCACAGUAGCGAAGUGAGAAUCAUCGAACUGACACCGACUGUCUGAACACCUGGGACUUUGGACUCAAGAAGCGGCGCAUCAGGGUUUUCAGAACGACAUGCACGCCUGUAUCUGGAGUAUGCAGCCUGAUCCCGAUUGUGUCUGUGCGUGUGAGGUACAGACUGUCUGGGUGAAGUGUGAGAUAUCGUUUAAAUGUGUCCCCUUUUUGUCCCCUUAUAUAUAUUAUCAUUAUUAUUAUUAUUAUUGAGUCUAAAACAGCCAUGGUGCAGUUUCCAUCAGCAUUAAUUUUUCCACGCUGACCAGCAGAGCUCCCUGUCGGAAGCCUCACGCAUCCUACUUCGUAAACACACUUGUGGGUGUGCCGAAGACAAGAUGAAGCACUUGUGUGUAUGUGACUAAUGGCAAUCCUCCCUUUUUCUUUUCUUCCUUUUUUUGCGUUUAUACGUCACAACAGAUUUAAGCUACUUAAUCAACGGUAGCCACUUCUGUUUCAGUGCAUAUUGUUUACUUUGUGUGUUGUGGAUCGCGAGGUACGAGACAUUUGGCCGAUGGCAGUCCUGCUGGCUACGUCAUUUCCUCCGCCGUCACCUGAAACCGGUGGAUCGAUCACCAACCCACAGUUGUUAGCACUGUGGACAUUUCAUUCUCCCCUCAAAGACAUGUUGAGCCAAAUAAUCAGCGUCCUCUAUCAGUGCGUUGUGUUCAUAUGUUGAGCACGGAAGGGACCAAAAAGCUGAGGACCAGGUUUGUUUAAAAGAAAACAACCUAAGGUGUAUCAAUCAAAACUAGUAAAUAACGAAGACAAUGAUCGUUUCUUUGCUCUUUAUUUGAAAACGUUUAGAUCGUACUUUCUAUUUAACCUGCUUAGUCUCCCGGGGCCUUGAAUUGAGCAUGAAGGGUUUUUGAUAUGCAUGUUAGUUUUUUCACGAAAAGCCAGACAUGGCUGUAUUUAUAUUCUGCUCAAUUGUAAUUGCAUACAUACUGCCAAGUGUUUUGACACUUCCUUCUGACACUCUUCUUUUGUAACUUCAAAACCAAAAUCCGCACAAGAUGUCGCUUGUUUUCGUUAUCACUCGUUCAGUCCUGCGCUCUCUCACAGUAGGUUCUGUGUGUCAGGCUUAUUUGUUGUUUUUGUUUUUACCAGAUAUAUGCCUUGAAACAGGGAUGGAUACAGGCUGCAGGUGACAGAUCGGUGAAAAUACAUAAUGCUACACACCCUCGCUUCCUUUUUCUUACUUUGUAACAGUUAUCGCUGUGUGUUGUCAUUCAGCUGAUGUAGGAGUAGGCUUUUCUAACAUUUUCAUACUGGUUGUCCUUUUUGCCAGCUGUAUUUUUUUUUUUUUUUUUUUUUUUUUAAUAAAACCUCCCAGAGUAUUAGAGUUCAGUUGCUUUCGCUAAUGUAAGUAACCCUGCACAGGGUUCACUCGACAAACAGAGGUCUUGCCGUUGGAAUGAAAUGCGAGAAAAUGUACAUGGAAAUAUAUGAAAAAAUAUAUAUAUACAUCUAUAUUCAGUUAAAUGACUGCUGCGUGUUCUCAGUCUCCCACCUAAAGACAUAAUUCAGGUUCUUUUAAAAUGUCUUAUUUGUCAAGACCUGAGUCCUGCUCGUCCAUUUAAAAAGCCCAAACGGAUUAAGUUAGAUGUUAGUGUUGCACGUUCUAUGAUUUAAAAGUCUUUGUACUGACGAGCAGUUAAAGCUGCCAUAGUGGUAGCCUCUGCAACCUACAGCCAAAACCCGAGAACAAGGGCUUUUUAGAUUGACAGAAAAGACUCAGUCGUCAAUAAAUAAAGUUUUUUUCUUUUGAGGAGUAUCACUUCAGAACAUGUUUACUGUAAUAACACUCAACAAGAGGAAGGUUACUUUUUGCUGUUCAAUAUGUUUAAGAAUAAAUAAAUAAAACUGU